AUGUCCAACGCGGUUUCAAAAUCGAUUGCAGCAAUGCUCGCCGUACGUUCAACAAAGUCCACCGCGCCCGGGGCGCCAGUCUCGACGUCGGCAGGUCCAAAAUCCAAACCAGAGGCGAUGGGAGCGCUGGCUGCUCUCGCUGCGCUGGUUGUCGUCCAGAAUCCGCACGUCUCAAAGACGCUCGCACCUAUAGCAGCCUCUGCGGCGGAUGCAAGCGUCAAGAAGAGCGAGUUAAGCAAAGAAGGAGAGGAGAAGAGCAUGAGCAAACGCAUAUCGGCAUUUAUGGAACGAAAGAGUACGGACAAGUCGCCGUCAACCCCCGCCACGAUAGAGACGCUCGUUGCGAACAUGGCCAAACUUACUGUCCAUGCGGAUCAGGGUGAGAUGAGCGACCGCCAUCGACGCCAGUUGUCCUCGCUCAGCAUCAACCGCGAGUCUACCGAGAGUGCAACUGUGGCUGUCGAAGAGGAUGAGGAAGAUGAGAGGAAGAUGAGGAAGAUGAGGAAGAUUACGUUGAAUCCUCUUCACCGAUUUCUUGGUGCAAUGAAAGGGGCCAACCGUGGCGCUCAGUCACAAAAGAAGAAACGCGGCUCUAUUAACGACCGCAUUGCAUCACAUCACCCUUGGGAACCUAGACCUGACGAGCAGGAUAUGGAGAUGUUCCGCAGGAGAUUGGCAAGGUUGCCCAGGUAUCUCCAAAAGGUGGUACUCAACUAUGGCGGCAACACCCACCGCGAAAUGCUCCAAGUCAUGUCUCGCCUGGAAGCGCAUCUUAUGGGUGGUGUACUCGAGGUUGUCUACAAGGGGGUAGACGACUACAAUCCAACCCCUUCGAAAACCAAAAAAAUACGAGCAAACCCGGGUGUCAAAGAGGUCUAUUGCCGUCUAUGCGGUGAUGGGCACAAUUACAAGACUGUCGGACAUGCUGCUGCUCACCUUACGGAGCGACACUGGGGGCUACGGCCGUGGCGAUGCCUGACAUGCGAUCAAAGCUUCGCCCACCCCGACCUACGGAUGCGUGCACAUACGGACGUGUGUUCUGCUUCUCAUGCUAGGCAAGUUGGACAGGGGCAAGCCUCGACGAGUGCCAACACGUUCGGUAACGUCUACUAUGGAGUCUAUGCCGGUACAAGCUCCAUUCCUUCCGGACAGAGCCCACCAGAAAACAUUGCAGAGCCGAGCUACCGAAACCCAGUGUUCAACCAUCAAACGCCCUCAGGCUCUCAGCAACAUCAGCUGCCUGGCCCUCGAUCUGGCUCAAACUUUGGCCAUACGCCGUCGCCUGAUCAACAUGAAGCCUACGAUUUUUUGUCUCAGCCAUCGUUAUCUCCCGAGGUCUCACCACAGACCUCUCAACCUCCUUAUACCCACUUCCAAUUGAUGAAUUCCAACGUUCAACCAACUCCAUUGCUGGAUCCUUACAACUCGCCCGAUCAUCCACAGAUACAUCAGAUUGCCUCGCCUCAGAGCUACGAGGUUUCGCCCGUCGGACAAGAUCCGAAUGAUGCAUGGUUGCAUGUUCCGCCUUCGAGGCUGGAUCAAAGGAUGAUUCCUAACGAUGAACGAAUGACCACGUUUCCUCCCCCAGGUCUAUCGCAGCCUCGGUCUACACGCUUGGACGCUCGUUCAAGCACGGCAUCGCGUGACGAGACAACGUACUCUCUAAGGCAAAGAUACGCCGGCCCCACAAACGGAUCGCAGAGCGUAUGGCAAACUGCUCCUCCUGUCCAAAUACCUCUAGCGCACCCGUCGAACGUGCAUGGAUUGCCCCACGACGAGCCCGCGAGAAGGUGUAUCCUCAAGCGCAACCAGGCCAAGCUCGCCCCAGCUUGGUCGUCUAUCCUUCCCCUGGGGUCCACCAGCCAAAUACACAACUACAGUCGACGCUUCCGCCGAGGCAAGAUCUUGAGCCGCUGUUCGACUUGUCGCAAUCACGCUUUUGGCCAGGCAACUUUGACCCCAAUCACCCUCCGCCGCAAUGAAGAGGUGAGGGCAAGUCGAGAGCUGAGGACUAUGGACUCGAAACGGACCUUUUCCUACCUCGCAUUUGUAUCAAUUACUUAUCGGGUCUCUAUACUGUAG